AUGCCAUUAGAUUUACCUUUCGAAGUGCCUACUGAUAACCCUGUGUACCAGAAUUACAGAAAGAUUUUGGUUACGUAUCAAAAGUUUGUUGAUGAAUCUGUUCCUCACACUGGUUAUAGAUGGUUGGGGUUUGGAAUUUUGCUCACUUUAUUCAUGACCAGGAUUUUCAUUGUUCAAGGAUGGUACAUAAUCUGCUACGCCUUGGGAAUAUACUUGUUGAAUUUGUUUUUGGCCUUUUUGACGCCAAAGUUUGAUCCGUCUUUGGAGCAGGAAAUGAAGAAUGAAUCCAUUGAGGAAGGAAUGGAUCAGGAAGUGCAAGAGUCAGGGUCCAAGGAUGAUGAGUUCAGGCCAUUCAUAAGGAGAUUACCAGAGUUCAAGUUCUGGUAUAAUGCAACAAGAGCCACUGCCUUGAGCAUAUUCUUGACUUUCUUUUCCAUCUUUGAUAUUCCAGUCUUUUGGCCAAUUUUAUUGAUGUAUUUCAUAAUUUUAUUUGCUUUAACCAUGCGAAAGCAGAUACAGCACAUGACCAAGUACAAGUAUUUACCGUUUGAUUUGGGAAAAACAAGGUAUAGAAAGUGA